AUGUACAGAUCGGCGGGGGUCGCGAUGGCGUGGAACGUGUUCCGGUUCUGCACGGCUCUCCGUGGGCUGGGUUCCAUCAUGAUCCUGCUCGUCCUCGCCAUCGUCGGCGUCACCUACUACGCUGUCGUCCUCUGCAACUACGGCCCCGCCCUCCUCACCGGCGGCGGCACCACUCUCGCCGCGUUCGCCGUCCUGCUCCUCUUCCACUUCCUGCUUGCUAUGCUUUUAUGGAGUUAUUUUUCUGUCGUGUUCACCGACCCUGGUUCUGUUCCACCAAAUUGGAAUCUUGAUUUUGAUGUGGAGAGGGGAGAAACUGCUCCUCUCGCUACCUCAGAGUUGAACUCACAGCAAUCUGUGGCUCUUGGCAAUACCGCAAAUCCAAGGGUUAGGUACUGUAGGAAGUGCAACCAGUUGAAGCCACCUCGGUGCCACCAUUGCUCUGUUUGUGGAAGAUGUGUUCUUAAGAUGGAUCAUCAUUGUGUGUGGGUUGUUAAUUGUGUUGGGGCGCUGAACUACAAAUACUUUCUUCUCUUCCUGUUUUACACCUUCCUCGAGACAACUCUUGUCACACUCUCUUUAUUGCCUCACUUCAUAGCCUUCUUCAGUGAUGUCGAGAUCCCAGGAAGUCCUGCAGCACUUGCAACCACAUUUCUCACCUUUGUGUUGAAUCUGGCCUUUUCCUUGAGCGUUUUUGGUUUUAUGAUUAUGCAUAUUUCACUUGUUUCUGCUAAUACAACAACAAUUGAGUCAUAUGAGAAGAAGACAACUCCACAUUGGAUAUAUGAUCUUGGCCGGAAGAGGAAUUUUGCUCAGGUUUUUGGAAAUGACAGAAAAUAUUGGUUCAUCCCUGCAUACUCAGAAGAGGAUUUGAGAAGAAUUCCAGCUCUACAGGGUCUUGAUUAUCCUGUGAGACCAGAUUUUGAUGGCAUGGCAUCAAAUGAAAUGUUCAUAAGAUGA